UAAUCCAUGGAUAAGGUCAGUAAUUCGGUCGAAAAUGUGCUUCCGUGGUGUAAAGAAGUGCAUAAUAAAUAGAUCCUAAUUUUCCCAUUUUUUGCGCAAAUUCGUGUAGAACGAGUGCUUUAAUCACCAUUUUUCACUACUAGAAUACAUUCUGCAUGAAAUGAGACGGUUUUCUUGUUCAUACACCCCACAUGGCAAGUGUUGCAGAUCGAAAUCGGAAGUAGGUGUUUAUUGCGCGGACGAGAGCAAAUAUGCGCCAUUUUUAGGGUAGCAGACCACAACUGACUGGCAUUUCACUAGGAACUACAUAACCCCGUAUUUUCUUUUCAUUUUUUCGUUAAUUUGUGAUAGAACUUUUAUGAAAAAUAGGUGUAGGAAAAAGUGAUGUUCUCUAAAGAUACGUGAAGACGACCUGAAGUUGUCGUUUUUUAUAUGAAACAAAGAAGGAUUUGAAUUACUGACCUUAACCUCCAUAUCCCCUUCGUGAUUUAGUCAUCUAAGACCAGAAAAAAAUUAGUGGUUUUUUGAGGCUUAAAGUAACAGGCUAUUUCAUUGGUCAAUAUCUACUAUCAAUGACCAAUCGAUGCAAAGGUUAGUUUUGAUAACGAGUCACUCUUGUCAAAAUAGUCAAAACAAAUAACAAUUUUCGUUCUAAUUUACGUUGAGUUGUACUGGUAGAUUAUUAUUUUUAUGAUGCGUCUGAGAAGUGCUGGAAGAGCAGAAUCAAGCGCGAGGGAUAGUGUUCCGGAUCUCAAUGGGACUGCUUCAAAUAAAUCACAUGAUUCAUUUUCACACAGUUCCUGUAGCAAAAAAAGAGCACUACCACAGGGACAAAGGUUACAAAGCAUAUGCAAGUAUUUACUUUAUAAACUUGUGAAGACCUUGUGUGUUGUAGCAGUAGUUUUGUAUGUGGUCAUACCAGUAGUUGUGAAGACAAAUCCAUGGAUACAGAACAAGGUCAUAUUUCUAAACAACUUGCGAUGGCCGCCUUUUAUAGACUUUACAGCCCCAGAAGGUUUUGGUUUAGAAUCAACAAAAAAUUUCUACUUGACUACUGAUGAGAACAUCAAACUUGGACUGUGGCAUGCUUUACCAAUAAGUUUAAGAGACUCCAAAGUGCCAGUAGAAAAACACACAGAAUUGCUCAAAGAUUCAAAGCCAAUUAUAUUAUACUUGCAUGGGAAUUCUGGAACAAGAGCUGGAUGGCAUCGUGUGGGCCUGUAUAAAGUAUUAGCCAGUAUGGACUACCAUGUGAUAGCCGUGGAUUAUAGAGGGUAUGGAGAUUCCUCUGGGAGCCCGUCUGAAGAUGGAGUCGUGUCAGAUGCUUUGUUUGUGUACAGGUGGAUCAGACAACAUAAAGGAAAUACCCCUCUCUUUCUGUGGGGACAUUCACUAGGAACAGGGGUCACAACAAAGUUAGCUCGAACACUCUGUAGAAAUAGUGAAGCCCCUGAUGGUGUAUUUCUGGAGUCCGGCUUUAAUAAUAUUCUGGAUGCAGCAACAUAUCAUCCCAUGGCCACACCAUUCAGAUUUAUUCCAUGGUUUAACUGGCUGUUUCUGGAGACAAUCACACAUAACAACAUACACUUCCAGAGUGAUGAAAGUAUUGCUGAUGUUACCCCACCACUGCUGAUUCUACAUGCAGAAGAUGAUUUCAUUGUGCCAUAUCAUCUUGGACAGAAGUUAUACGAGGCAGCUGUGAAAACUCGUGCAGAAUCUUAUGGACCAGCAGAGUUUGUUUCAUUUAAUGCAAGUCAUCGUUAUGGACAUAAACUGAUCUUUCUGGCUCCAGAGUUGCCAGAUAUUAUCAGAAAAUUUAUCAAGAGAUGCUUGGAAAACAAGAACUGAUUCUGAAGUGAUAUUAUAAAGUUUUGCUCAGGAAUUUUGAUAAGUCUUUUUAUAUGUCAUAGAUUUUAUAGUUAAAUCCAUUUUCCUGUGAUCAGUAUCUGUAUUUUAAGUGGUUAUCAUAAUUUUAUGCUACCUGUGAUGUUGCAUUAUUAUGUCUUUAAUGUUUAUGUAGCAAAUGUAUCUGUGGUGAAAUACUGUUCUAAAGGCAACUUUAUGAUUUGAGCCGCACCAUGAGAAAACCAACAUAGUUCAUUUGCGACCAGCUUUGAUCCAGACCAGCCUGUGCAUCCGCGCAUUCUGUCCAGGAUCCAUGCUGUUCACUUUUAAAGCCUAUUGCAAUAAGAAAAACUGUUAGCGAACAGCAUGGAUCCUGACCAGACUGUGCAGAUUCGCAGGCUGGUCUGGAUCCAUGCUGGUCGCAAAUGCACUAUGUUGGUUUUCUCAUAGUUCGGCUCAUUUUCAUAUAAAGUAUUAAAUUCAUAUGGAGACAAUGUAUACCAUAGGGUUUGAAACUUAAUUUGCACAGGAAAAAUAUUUCAACAGUAUGAAAUAUCUGUGGUAUAAUUCUUUUCCUCAACUUGAAAUAUGUAAAUUCUUGAAACUAUAAAACUACAUUAUUGUACAUGUAUUAAUAUCAUCUGCAGGCAAAAAUUGUUGACACAGAUUUUUAAAAUGUUGGUUUUUGCAAUGUUGGUUUUUGCAAAUAAUAAUAAUAAUCCUUUAAAUUGGAAAAUGUAAUGUUUUUUUUGUGUACAUUUAGGUUCAUAUGCUUUCUUCAGGCUGUAGAAUCAGACAUGGCAGAGUAUAAGUCGCAGUGUGAAUGAACAUUAAAUGUUGUUUCUAAGUAAAAUGUCACUUUAACAGAUAGAUAUUGUUCUUUUGAGUAUAAAAAUUCUUUAAUGUUUUGCUAUGCAUUUGGAACAUUAUGAACAUUAUGUUGAUUUUGAGUAGAAAGGAAAUAUUUCCUCCCGGUGAUAAUGAAAAAGAACUUAUUGUUUAAUCCAUUCAGGAUAAUUGCCGUAAUAUGUUUAUAUCGUUACUGCUUCAGUUUGUUAAGCUUUUCUUUAUGUUUAUAUAUAUAUUUUAACUUCAAAAUGUGGAUGCAGAUUCUAUCAUUUAAGGUUUAUACUACCAUAUCUUGUGGGAAGAUUACACGUCCUACUAAGACUUUUUAGGUAGACAGUCCUUUCACACUCUAUUUCAAGUGUAGAAGUUGUCAGGUCAUGGUAGCUUUGAUUAUAAAGAUUUGUGUCACACAUCUGUUUCAAGUCAUGACAUUAUCAUUGGCAAAACUCGCCUUCCUUUUUAGCUCAUCUGAUAUUUUUUUAAAAAAGACGAGUUAUUGCCGUCACUUGAUUGGCAUCGGCAUCUGCGUCAGCAUUGCCUGUUAAGUUUUAUGUUUAGGUCAGCUUUUCUCCUAAACUAUCAAAGCUAUUGCUUUAAAAUUGCAGCACUUGCUCAACAUCAAUAGAUGACUCUGUACAGCAAGAAACAUAACUCCAUCCUGCUUUUUGCAAGAAUUAUGGGCCCUGUUGGACUUAGAAAAUCAUGGGUAGGACAAUAUUUCUAUUGUACAGAGACAAAAUAAAAUCAUAUUAGCAUCUGCACUUGCAAGGUGGUGCUCUUGUUUAAGUAAAGUAGUGUAGGCCUUUGCCAGUUUUUACCUGGACUUUGUUAUCUUUGUGUCACAACAGUUUUAUGGUUACAAAAAACCUGACUCAACUGUAGUUUAGAUAAGAAAGACUAUAAUUCACAAAGGAAUUCCUUGUCAUAAUAUACUGUAAAAUCAUUUAAUUUCAUGGGCAUGAAAUUUCGUGGUUUUGGUCAAAACAACAGUUCUAUGGGGAUAUGAAUUCGUGGAUUUCAACUUUUGAAUAUAAAAUGAAUAGGAAUUUUACUUUUUCGUUGGGAUUAAAUUUCGUGGAUUGACUCAACCACGAAAAUUAAUCUCCCAUGAAUAUUAAUGAUUUCACAGUAUGAAUUUUGUAAUAGUUUCUUCUAGAAUUCCACAUGCUUAUUCAUCUGUUCAUUGAAAAGCUUUCAAGGUCAAGUUAAAAGAGAAAUGUAUACAGAAAUUUCACAAAAAGGAAUACUAGUAGUCAAUGUCUGACAGUAAUACCGGACAGAAUCCUGCCUCUGAAUAAACACAAAGAUUUUAACUGUAUGCCUUUUUUUUCUUCUUAUAGCAUAAACGUUACAUCUAUGGUGACAUUCAUAAGGUUAAUCCUUAAACUGUGUAUAAAAUUAAAGAUGUUUUGAUAGUUUCACAACCAUUCCCCCAUUUUAAUAAUGUUAGCAUACAUGCUUAUAUAUUUACUGCAUUGUUAGACUGGCAUCAGUCGUUAGAGUCAUUACAUGUAAAGCACUUGGCCAUAAAAGCCUCUCUGAUACCACUUUCUCAUAAAAUUUACAAUAUCUCUAGCCUCUGUCUCUAACGACUGGACAAAUGCGAUCCUGAGCCGGACAAAUUUCAUACCCGCUGAUAAUCACUAUCUCAUUAGAAAUCAUUGCAGACAUGUUCAUGAUGUAAUGUAACCUUUGGCCGACUGCCCCAAGGGUUCAAUAAACAGGUGCUUUGCUUUUAUGACUUGGUGAAUAAGCCAGAGAGGGAUCAAUUUUCAUUAAUUGUAAAAGAUCUCAGUAAGUGUAUAUAAAAUACACUUUAAAUUUGAAAUAUGUAGAAAAUGUAUUUUUCAAAAUGGUAUCAAUUUAAUUCUGUUUAUGAGUUGUUUGAAUAACUGAUAAGACAAAAAUGAGGGAAAAGGUUUGAAAUUGAAAGAAAAAACAUUUUCAAAUAUUUUUUCAAGAUACCUUCAAAUCAUUUUGUGAAUGAAUUAAAAACAAUUUAUUCAAUAUACCUUCUAAGACUUUUUAUUAAUUUAUAUUAGAGGGUAGAUUAAUAUCUGCUAUAAAUCACAAAAAAAUAUUUUCUUAUCUAUAGUCCCUGUAAUUUCAUGUCUGAUUGCAGAUUCAUGUUAAUAUACUUUAGUGGUCUCUUGUUGAUGGCAUGGUGCAAUGUAUUACAUCAAUUAUGAUUCUGUUUAGAUACAAAGUGAAGACAUGCUGUGCACCAGGGUGCUAAGUAACAAAAUAUAACAUAAUAAUAGCUUGAAAACUGACCAACAAUAAUUCUUAUAUAUAUAGACAUGUACAUGUAGUUGGCAACUUCAGAAAAUCAUAUCAAUCUGAAAGUUUACAUGUCAUAUGUGCAGAAUUGUUUUUCGAUCAUAGCUUAAAUUAAGCCUAUUUAAUGAUAAGGUGGUUUAAGAGAUGUGAUUUUAACUUUUUCAUGAAAAUUUUGUAUGUAAUAUGGAAGAAGCAAUAAGCAUAUGGACUACAACAACUAGGACAUACAAAUAUUUGUGAAAAUCAGAAAGAAGUAGUAGAAGGAUAUUUAUCUGGAAAAAACACUACAAGUUCUCUAAUUUUCAUAUUUUGAAAGAAACUUUAUUUAUCAUAAAUGAGCCGUGCCAUGAGAAAACCAACAUUGUGGGUUUGCGGCCAGCAUGGAUCCAGACCAAACAACAUGUCUUUAUUCCAGAUUCCAAAAUGAGUGUUACCUUUGUUUUUUUGCUGUUUUAAAAUAGUUCUGAUAAAUGUUAUGUAUAUUUUGGUUACCAAAGGAACAGUUAUGCUGUUUAACAAUUACUGAAAUGCUUUAUUAUGCAAUCUAUUAAUAUUUUACACAAAAAAUAUUUUUACAUAGAUUUUGAAAUUUGAAAAUAUUUCCACAAGAGCAUUAUCCCAAUUCCACUGGUUUUAGUUGCAUUCCCAAAAUGAUGAAGAAAAGGCCAGAUAGUAAUUUAUUUACAUAACUAUAAAUGUCUGCGCAUAUACAUGUAUAAAAUAAAAUUAAAAAAAAGAUGAAAAAAGAAUAAUAUACAGUAAAUUUACAUAUAUGUAACAAUAAAUGUAUUUACAAUAAAUUACAUAUCAAAUAUUCCCAAUGAAAUGGAUUUAUUUCAUGGAAAGAUAAUAUCAAUAUACAUGUAUAAUGAAUAAUAAUAUACUCUAGAAAUAUAAUAAGCCGAAUCAAUUAGGACAAGUGAAUGGAUAACGACAUGGAAACAGUAAUAAACGUACACUGUUGUAGUUUAUUUUGUGUUAUAAGUAGUUGCAUUACUUCAUGUUUUUUUUAGUUUGACACAAAUACCGUAACGUCAUAAUAACGUUAGUGCUGAAUAGUUUAAUUUGUUUAUU